GAUCGUCAAUGGAUCUACAGAAGGGCAGCGACUCAUGGGACUUAUGGUGUCCGUCACAGCUACUGACAAAAAGGGCAACAGCUACGUCCCUGGAUCUUUUGAUACAUCCACAGACAUCAGAGUCCAGGACCUGAAGGAAGACAAGACCUGUGAGAAGUCAGUCAUAUCCCACCGGUACCUGGUCAACAAGCCAGGAGUCAAGUUCUUGUGGACGGCCCCUGUCCCUGGGGCGGGCUGCAUACACUUCAACGCUACUGUGAUUGAACACUCGGAUGUUUGGUAUAAAGACGAGGGUCGAUUACAUCGAGUCAUCUGUGAGGAAGCUAUCCUGCAAGACUCUGCCAAUGGCAUCAACAACGACCUGCCCAGCCCACCCGACGGCUGCUGUGCCUGUGGCCACGCCAUGUACACGCUGGAGUUUCAAGGCCUGUGGUCCAGGAACACGCAUCCUAAGGGAUUUCCAGACGAAAAAAAUUCCUACCAACUCCACUGGUCCAAUCUAGUGGGCGCCACCCACGGGACUGACUACAGGAUCUGGGACUAUGGUCAGUACGCCAGCCGGGGGGUCAAGGAAGUCUGUGAAUAUGGCUCAUCCGGCUCUCUGGAGAAUGAAAUGCGAGAUAACGGUGAAAAAAUUCGAACAGUGAUUAAAACAAACCCACUAUGGGGUCCAGAAAAAAUCUUGGAGUCUUUGAAGGCGGUGUACACCGUAAACAAAGAGAAACAUCUUCUCUCAUUGAUUACAAUGAUUGGCCCCAGUCCAGACUGGUGCCUAGGUGUGAGCAGUCAAAGCAUGUGCCUGCCUAACUGUACCUGGAGAGACAGCCUUGACAUAGAUCUUUAUCCCUGGGAUGCAGGCACUGACAGCAGGCCUACCUAUCUGGGAAGAAAAAUCCCCACCAUUCCACCAGAUCGCAUCCAGAGGAUCUCAAGCUCCUACCCUAAUGACAUUGACAGUCCAUUUUAUGGGAUUGAAAUCAAGCCAUAUGCCAGACUAAGAGUGACAAAAAACAAAGAGGUUUGUACAGAUGAUGAUGGGAAGAGUACAUCUGCAGAGAUCUCCCCUAGCACAGAUGAGCUGGUGAGCAUGAUGAAGAAGAACAUGGUGAUGAAAAAGAAGCUUUAUCUAGAAAAAUGUGCACACACAGCCUGGUCGGAGUGGCUAGAAUGUUCCAAUCCAUGUGGGCCUGGCCAGCGAGAAAGAAGACGAACAUUAAAAAGUCCGGGUGUUAAAAAAGAAAUGUGUGACAUCCAGCUGACUGAAUCAGAGUCUUGCACUGGGACCUGCAAAGAUACUGGAAAGAGAAAGAAGCUACAUGACAACUAUGUGAUGCGCCACGAUGAUGAGAGAGACCCAAACGAUCUUUGUUUAGUUACCAACUGGUCUGAUUGGUCUCCCUGCAGUGCGACUUGUGGCCUCGGCAUGAAGGAGCGCUGGCGUAGGUUCAUCAAUACAAAUAAUCCACGAAUGGAUUGUGGCAUUCAUCUCAUGGAAAAAGAUUUGUGCAGGGGAGAAAUCAUGGAUUGCCAAAAAGCAAUGAUGAUGAAAAACUUUACAGCCAUUUGUCAGAUGAACGUUGAUGAGGGGCCAUGCAUGGGUAAUUUCACCCGAUGGUUUUACAAUCAGACUAUUGAAAAAUGUCAACAGUUCAGCUAUGGUGGAUGCCGAGGCAAUGAGAAUCGUUUCGAAACUGAGAAAGAAUGUGUGGACCUUUGUGCAGAUCACAUGGCUGACAUUCUACGCAAAGAACAAAUGAUGGGCAAGGAACUAAUGAUGAGCAAACAAGAAAUGAUGAACAGAAGGGAGAUGCCAAGCAAGCAAACGGAAAUGGAAAAACAGCUCCUUAUGGAUAAAGAUAGAAUGCGUGCUGAGGAGGAAAUGAGAGAAAAACAAAAGACAAUGGAGGAUGACAUGAUUAGGAAAGAUAUACUUAUGAAGCAGAAAAUGGAGGAGGAAGCAAAGAUUGCCGCAAUGGAGAAAGAAAAGAUGAGUCAAUUAUCACAAGAAAAUGUUACACCGUCAGAAGAAGUAAGUGAGGACGAGGAAGAGAAGAUGAAGAAAAUGAAAAAAUUGAUGAGGCAGAAAGAGAGAAAAGAAAGAAGGAUGAAAAAGAAGUUAAAGCGCCAGCAGCAACGGAGACUUGAAAUCAAAGAAAGUAGAAAUAAGCUUUCAGACGGACCGGUCAUAGACUGUAUGGUAACACCGUGGACGGUCUGGAGUGAAUGCUCGGUAACAUGCGGUAAAGGAUUUAUAAUGAAGACCCGCGAGAUCAAGGUCCAGGCACAGAAUGGAGGCAGGAGAUGUCCAUUUAAGUUGGUUAAAAAGAAAAAAUGCAGAGAAAAAAAUUGUCCGCCCCGAAAACAUCCCCGCCAACUCUUAUCCGCAGCAAUUGAUUGUAAAAUGUCUGAAUGGGAAGAGUGGUCUCCCUGCUCUAAUGUCUGUGGGGACAAGGCAGUUCAGGUCAGGCAACGCAAAAGAAUACAAAGCCCGUGGCAUGGAGGGAGGCCAUGCCCCUCUAAGAAAGAAAAGCGCUUCUGUAAUGUUCCGAUGUGCACUGAUUCAAAUGUGAAAAACCCAAUUGAUAGUAUCCGUAAGGCUGAUUUUUUUAUAAGCUGAACGACAACAAAUCCAAAGUAACCAGUAUGAAAAAAAAAAGUAUGUUGAGUUGCCUGUGAUCAAAUUGUACUCCACCAAAGUACACCCACAAACAUUAUUGCUCGUGAAUUUGGCUCCCUUAUUUAUUGAUAACAGUGUUAGAAGUAAACAGAUGAAUUUUACCCUUACUAAUUACUGCAGUCUGAAGCAGAGAAAAUUGAAUGAUUUCUUAAGAAAAAUUAUUUGUUAAUGAAUUUAAAUUUAAGUCUUUUGCUUUAAAUUAGCCAAGUAUAUUUUACAAAUGCUUUACGGCCUAACAAAUAUAGACAAAUUUUAUCAACUGCUUCUUGUUUUGUAUACCUGAACAUUUAUUUGGGAUUUUUAACAUCUUAAGUUUAAUCAUAGAUCUGAAUAUAAUGCUCAAACUUAGAACUGAAACUAAUUUUUGAAAAUAAUGUUAAAUCUAACUUAAUAUAAAUAACUGCUUAAAUUUAAUGAAAGUUUACUAAAAAAUAAAAACAACUUAAUAAAAGUGCAUUUUUGUUUGUUUCAGCCAUGGUUUGUGUCAUAUCUUUUGUGAUCACUGUUGAAGGUUUUUAAUUUCAGAUUGAAGAAAGCAUGAGACGCUACAUGAUGUUUCACCGUCGUCGUUACUAACAUCCUCAAUCCUACUACCCUUCUAUAUCGUUUAAACCACUGGGCUAUAUCACACUGAUCAAUGAAUGGACUAUGUCUGCAUCACAAAUCUGAUUCACCACACUGCACUUGAAAUGUCACCAAAUUAACCUGUCUAUGUUGUUUCCAUGUGUUACUCUAAUCUAAGCUGGGCUUAUACACUAACCGUAAGCCUAGUGUACUAUCAAUCAAAUUAUUCAGGCAUGAUUUUGUGUAGACUACUUCUUUCUGUAUGUUCUGCAUGAUGAAUGUAUUCACCUAGACCUACCUUGUUUAGAAACCUAACAAUGGGGCAUUUUUAGAUCACCAUCCUAACAUUCAGGCUUAAUCAUUUUUAAAAACAAUCUACCUCCUUAAACUGUUUCGGAAUAUUUAUUUACUAUAUAACUAAUUUUUAAAGAAAAGUGAAAUUUUUAAAAAGUAAUAUAACUGAAUCUUUAUAAAAUUAAUUGGCCAUGCAUGGAAAUUUUUUUUUGAACUAUUGAAGGA